AUGGCUGGAAUGAGCACCUUGAAGAAGCCUGCUGCAACCCCCAAGACUGCAGGCCGCAAAGCUGCCCUGCACAAGGCAGUGGAGAAGCUCCUGCUCCUGCAGGCUUGCCUGCAGAAGGCCAAGGAGAACCAGCUGCCCCUGCAGGCUUGCCUGCAGAAGGCCAAGGAGAACCAGCUGCCCCUGCAGGCUCGCCUGCAGAAGGCGCAGCAGCCUCAAGGCUGGCCCGAAGAAAGGGUGGAGCUCCCCAGUCCGAAGGGCAAGGCCUCUGCUGCCAAGGCUGCUGCUGCUGCCCCUUUGGCUCUAAAGGAUGCUGCAGGCAGCCUUAGCCGUUGCAAGUCACAGCAGGAGAAGCGAGCCUUCUACUACAAAGUCUACUUGUUGGACCCAGAGGUUUCCGCAAAGGUGGUGGCUAAGAAGGACACCCAGGAGGAGGACGACAACGAGACUGUCCAGAAGGGAUGGUUCACGGACGAUGAGGUUGCGCAGUUCAAGGGCAUCUUGCCCCAGAACGAGAACUACAGCAAGCUGAAGGAAGCUGCCUGCCAUGGCUGUCCCGAAAGGGACCACGAAGACGAGAACUUGGCGGCCCUUGGAGUGAGGCAGUACUACUACGAGCACCGCGUUGCCAAAAGCUCUAGCAGCAAGAAGCGGUUGUUGGAGCUUGAGGAGGAGGUCGACGAGGUGGCUGCAGAGGACUUUGAGGAAAUCCGGAAGAAGCUCAAGGGCGAGCCGACCCAGAAGCCUGCAAAAGGCAGCGGGGGACAGCCACUGGCGCAGGUCUUGCCAGAGCAGCUGUACAAGGAGCAGCACAAGAGAACGACAAGCAUGCUGAGCCAAGUCUGCUCUGAGCUGACCGGCAUGGACAGCUUGGUCGUGACCCUCAAGAAAAAGAAGCACGACAUGGGCCCUGUCGCGCUGGGGCAGGUGGAGAAGCUGCAAGGCACCUUCCAGGAGCUGGAGACUGCCAUCAUUGAGGAUCUGCAGAAUUAUCCUAAGGAUCCCAAGGACCAGGCCAAGGACCUUGUGGAUGGCAUCUGCGACAUCUGUAAGAAAACCGCCGACGUUUUGAAGGGCCUGAGGAAGGACCUGGCCACCCAAAAGAGGUGGGCUGCAGAGCACGACUGA